GGGAAGUGUGGGGGUGGGUUCAACAUGAUGACGCUACCAGUGCUUCGUCGCUUUGAGUUUGUGGGUGGGCUCGGUGGCUGGUCAUGCACAGAUGCGGAAGCUAUGCUCUCUCGGGACAGAAGUUGGUCUUCGGGACGUGAGAUCAGCUCACGGCGGGAGUGUGGCUGUUAACGAGGUUUGCCGCUGUCCUGGGCUUCUCCGUUAACUUUCCUGAGGAAGCUGCCGCAGGGUCCGGUUCAGGGAUGUGUUGAGACGCCGGAGAACUGAGGGCAGUCCGUGCGAUGCUGGGAUGUAGAACACGCUGGCAGCGAGGCUCUCGACCGACCGGAGGAUCGCCCGGGAUCCGGCCACUGCUCCAUGUCGCCAGCCGGCGCCGCCGGACGCAGAGAUCGGGAGAAGCGGCCGCGGCACCGCCCUCAGCCCCUGAGACGGAGCGGAACACGCAGGCGAGUCUGUGCCCAGGGGAAAGGGACCACUGAGCAAGGACCUCCAUUUAUGAAAACAAAAUGGCUGAAGGGCUUGGCCUUCAAAAGCAGUGGUUGGUGUGCAUCACUGUCGGCCUUUUAAUUUUACUUUUGUAUUGGAAAGUUCAAUUACGCUGGGCCUCCAGUGAGCUGCAGAGCUCUACCAAUGAAAAGACCCAAAAUGUUGAUGUGAUGAGAGCCUUCAAUCCAGAAGAGCCAUUCCUAUAUCCAGACAAAGAGCCUGGAAUUAUGUUUGUGGAGACCUCCAAUAGCUUGAAGCCAUCAGAGUUGACUGUGUGUGCUAUUGAAUCAGCUGCGCGAACAAACCCUGGGAAGCAUGUUUAUUACUUCAUGAAAGGAUUCAAUGGCAAUUUGUCAGCACUUAAGGAGUCCAGUCAGAAAGGCAUCCAACUGCUUUUUUCAUUCCAUAACGUCACUCUACUGCCCUUGAAUCUGGAGGAACUGUUCACCAAAACUCCUUUGCUUGACUGGUACAAAAAGACAGAUCCUGAGAAAGAGAAGUAUUGGGUUCAUGUGCUGUCUGAUGCCUGUAGGAUUGCGUUACUCUGGAAGUAUGGAGGCAUCUAUCUGGACACUGAUGUCAUAUCACUGAAGCCUUUGGAGUUUAUAAACUUCACCUGUGAACAAUCAGAUAAUUACGCCAAUGGUGCAGCUUUGGGAUUUAGUCGCAAUCAUUCAUUUAUAAGGGACUGCAUGAUUGAUUAUGUUGAAAAUUAUGACGGUGAUAGAUGGGGAUGGCAAGGCCCUGACCUCAUUACCAGAAUGUUGAAGAAAUGGUGUCGAAGUGAAAAACUUAAUGACUUCCUUAACCAAAAAUGCCAAGAUGUUACCUUUUUUCCCAAAGAUUGGUUCUACCCUAUUUCAUAUAUGAAUUGGAAAGUUUAUUUUCAAAAUGAUACAUGGAAAAAGAACAGUUCUGUUGAAGAUAAUUUCGCAAACUCUCGGGGAGUGCACAUCUGGAAUUUUUUAAGUGGUAGGCAGUCAAAUCCCAUCAAAGAAACCCGAUCAUAUAUGGAAUAUUUCUUCAAGAACUAUUGUCCUACAACAUAUGGAGCUCUUGAGCAAUGAUGUGAUAUCUUACUACAAUACCUACUGCUUAAGAAGGAUUGUAGUUGGCUUGUGCUUGCUCUCACCUCUUAUUUCUUCUGCUUUCUCUGCAGGUUCAGGGCCCUGGUAAGAAAAGGAAUUAAAAAAGGAACUUUUAAUUUACUGCACCUUGAAUUUAAUAAAUUUGGUCUCUUGGAUCUUGGGAUUUUGUUUUUUUUUGCAAUGGGUCACUGAUUCAGCCCGAACUCCAUCACUCUGCUACAGGUUAAGCUUAUUCAUUCUAUAUCUCAUGGUUCCUAAUGUUGACCCCCUGUAUUGUUUUUUUUACCAGGAUAGAAACACUCUUUGGAGUGGGCUGUCCACAGUUUACCAAUGGCAGUGAGCUUAACAGUAGGAAAUGCCACAUAUCCAUGCAAUCUUCAAGGCCAAUUCUUGUCACUUUUUAAAAAAAGUGUUCUAGAAUAUGGUGCAGCAACUAUGAGCUGAGUUGGUUUCUGUCUUCCAGUAAUCUGCUACUAGUUAAGUUUUUUUUUGGUUGGGUUUUACCAUAGUUUCUGAUACAAAGUGUUGUGUACAGAUGCUAUAUCAUUAUUGACUUGGGCUCUCUUUAUUAUUGUGUGGAUCCUUUUGAGAUGAGAUUACUUUGUUUUAUAUCAUGAAUAAAAUGAAUUUUAUUGUUAAAUCUCUGAGAUAAUUAGUUUUGAUGUCGGUGAUAGUAGUUGCCAAAUACUGCUGCUUGCCAAUGAGAUUGUACUUGAUUAUACACUGAAUAUAAAUUGUUAUUUUUGAUAACAUUUGGAUUUCCAACUUUCUGUAUGGAAUUUCAGUUGAAGAUGCUAAAUUAUUUUCAUGGUAAAAUAAGGGAAAGUUUUGCACUAUUGUUGCCUCUUGAUCAGCUGGAUAACUUUUCAAUUGUGCCUAUUUAUGCAAUUAAAUUUAUGCAAGU